AUGCGGCGGGGUGUGGGUGUGGGGCAUGUUCAGCGGCGGGGGGAGGCGCAGCGGCGGAUGGCGGAUUUGGGGGCGCGGCUCACGGCGGAGCGCGUCGGGCGAAUUGCGGAUGAACUCGACGCCCUCGAGACGCAACUCCGCCGCCUCGCCGCCCACCACCGCGCGGAGAUCGAGCGGGACCCCGUCGUCCGCGCCCGCUUCCGGCAGCUCGCGGACUCCCUCGGCGUUGAUCUCAUCUCCUCCCGCCGGAAUGUCUUUGCCGGGCUGCUCGGACUCGGGGACUUUUACUACGGCCUCGCAGGGAAGGUGGUGGAGGCGUGUAUGCGGGAGAGGAAGUUCUGUGGGGCUUAUGUCCCUUUACGGCGUAUUGUGCAGAUUGUGAAAAGGCAGUAUGAUGGGGAUGGAGAAGGACGCAGCAAAAAAAGCGUCAUUACAGAAGGGGAUGUCUGCAUGGCAUUGGAUAAACUCCAUGUACUGGGAGAUGGGUAUAACGUUGUGGAGCUUGCUGGUAUUAAAUACAUUCAAACAACUCCAGAUGGAAGUCGAAGUGCUGACGAUGUGCCGCUGCUCAAUUGUGUUUUAGAAGAACAAGCAAAACGAAUAAAAGCGUAUCGGUCCACACGAGAUAAGAAUGAAGUGAAACCAAAACCUGUAGUGUUUCCCACUUUAAAUAUGCAUCGUGUGGGAUUAUCACGAAUUCAAGGGGGUGGUGUCACCACAGAACGAGAUGUGGAUAAUGGUGAAAAUGACUAUGAAGAAGAAACAGGUAUUAGUAAUAAUUCAGAUAUUCCGCUAAAAGCACAAUGUGUAGCACUCACACAAAAGGAGCUGGAAGAACGUUUGAUGUGGCAACCACACCGAGUGCAGGCAGUAUUAGAGCGGAUGAUGCAGAAUGGUUCUGUAUGGGUUGAUUAUCCUGAGGCCUCAGGAGGGGCAUUACUCUCUGCAACUGAAGAGGUAGCUCCGAAGAAAGUUGUGAAGAGAUCCACAGAGGUAUCUGAGGUAGAAGCCGUGUACUGGUUUAUCGCACUUGUAUUUCAAGAUGAAGGUACUGUAUAA